CAGUUCUCAAUCGGCGAUGGAUGCAUCGUCAGAUAUAUUUUUUGCCUAUGUGAGCCAACGACAGAAAUCUGACACCGUCGUCUGUGUCACGACGACAGAAAUCCGACACCGUCGUCAUGUGUCGUCAUAUCCGUGGGUCCAAGCACUCGUGAACUAA